CUCUCUUUCUCUCUUCCCUUUUGGCUUGCAAUAACAAUGAAACAAGAAAAUGGAUACAAAAAAGGUUUCUGGACAAAGGAGGAGGACAAAAUUCUCACGGGGUACGCAAGGAAGCAUGGAGAAGGCAGGUGGAAUCGUGUUACUAAAAUGACAGGGUUGAGGAGGUGUGGCAAGAGCUGCAGGUUAAGGUGGAUUAACUAUCUAUGUCCUAGUGUGAACCGUGAUGAUUUUUCUGAGGAAGAAGAUGACCUCAUUAUUAGGCUCCAUAAUCUCCUUGGAAACAGGUGGUCUUUAAUUGCUGGCCGACUCCCAGGAAGAACCGACAACCAAGUUAAAAAUCACUGGAACACUCGCUUGCGCAAGAAGUUGGGAAUCAACAAGGAAGAAAACAAAGUUAGAGCUUCGUCGCGAGCAAUUCCUAAAACAGUUCGAGAGAAUUUUAAUAAUUCUCUCCAGACGAACUUGGGGGCAUUGUUACCUAAUCCUAAUGGCAAUCAAGAAGCUACCAAUCAAAAGCCAGUGCUUGAAAAUGACUCUAUGAGCACAAUCAGAUUUUUAGACUCACUCCAAAUGACCAUGAAUGAUGAGAGCUCAUUCUGGUUUCCUGAUGGCGAUCUUGGCCUAAACAACCCUAAUUUUGAAGAACUUUUGGAUCAGAAUGCUCUGGACUUUGUUUGGAAUGGCUUCUAAAGUGGCUUCUUUCUAAUAUGGUGUGUAAAAACCCUAAAAUUUCUUUUUCCGGAAAG